GUUGUAAUUUAUUUUGUCAACAAAGCCAAACUUAUAUUAAACAUGAUUCUAUUUAUAAAAGGGGAAAUCACUCAAGGGCAUGAAUACUUUUUAUAGGUACGUUAUUUAUUAAUUAAUUAUAAAAAAAUCUUCAUUACUGUUUCUACUACCAUAUAAAGAUCUCUGGUAACAGUUUGUGGAUCUAAAAGUGUAUGUGUGCACAAAAGUUGGAAAUGGCAUGCACCACAAAAUAUUCAGAUUUAUGGAAAUUUGCAUACAUGAAUCAGCCUCAUAUCCCAUCAUCCCUACAUGCUUUUCCCUCACCCUUUCUCCCUUUUGUAAGAUAAAAUUAGGUCUUUCAUGUCCAUGGCUGAUGUCUUGACCUUCAUUUAUAUCCUUUGUUUCAUCCUGACCUGAUGACUGUUCUUCAAAUGAUUUAGAAUGUUUCAGCUAGAAAAUCUUUAUUUAAACUAGAUCCAUAUUAUACCUUUUGCAUUUUGAAUAAGUGGUAACAGAAGCAUCUCAUUUUUCAUUAGAGAUGACAUGCAGACAAGUUCUUAUGUAUUGCAAAUACAAAUAUGGUGAUGAAAAACCCAUAGUGGCAAAUUGUGAUAUUGGACUAGAUAAAUAAAAUUUGACUUGACUUAUCACUUUUCACAAUUAAUGCUCAUAUUUGGCGAGAUGUUAAGGUACGAUAUUUAAAAUAAGCUAAGGCCCAAAGCUUUUUUAUGUUUGAGCACCUCCUUCUCCUCCACCUAAAAUAUCACUUUUCAAUUAUUUGUUUUAUGCUGCUACACAAUGUAUAAAUAUCAGUGUACACCCUUGAAUUAUAUUAAGGCAUGUGUGAUGCCGCUCUGUGCAUUAGCUCUCUGAGACAGCAUGACGUCCACACAGAGGAGGCCAGAGAAGGGUUGGGCAGUCUUACUGCUUUUGUUGGUGGUAUCAUUCUCUAAGGCUGAGGAGACGGUGUGCAGGCAGAGAGGGGAUCCAGAAAAUCCCCAACUGUCAAAGGAUGGGGACAUCAUGCUGGGGGGAAUCUUCUCUUUCCACAACAAGUGGAUAAACAAACAGGAUACCUACAUGCACAAACCACUGCCACUGCAAUGCACAAGUUUGAAUUUCAGAGGGUUCCAGUACGCCCAGGCUAUGCUCUUUGCAAUAGAGGAGAUUAAUAACAGUACAGAACUGUUGCCUGGUAUUUCUUUGGGCUACAAGAUGUAUGAUGACUGUAUCUUCAUUGCUAGAGGUGUGAGGGUUGCACUGGCCUUGGCUAAUGGCAAUGAAAUAGUAUUUACACCUUCAGAGGCACCAUGUACCAGAACUGACCAAGUUCAGGCCAUUAUCGGAGGGACCUCUUCCUCUCCUUGCAUGGCUAUUUCUACUGUCAUCGGACCCUUUCAUAUACCACUGGUCAGCCACAUUGCUACUUGUGCUUGUCUCAGUGAUAAAACCAAGUACCCAUCCUUCCUCAGAACAAUACCCAGUGACUACUACCAGAGCAAAGCCCUGGCCCAGUUGGUCAAGCACUUUGGUUGGACUUGGGUUGGAGCUAUUAGAACAAAUGAUGAUUAUGGCAAUAAUGGCAUGGCUAUAUUUACAAAUACUGCUUUGCAACUAGGCAUAUGUCUGGAGUACUCUGUAUCUGUCUUUAGAACAGAUCCACCAGACAAAAUACAAAAGAUAGUCAACAUCAUCAAAGCUUCCACUUCCAAGGUGAUUGUUGCUUUCCUCUCCCCCCCAGAGUUGUAUGUGAUAAUACAUGAGUUGUCUCAGCAAAAUCUGACAGAGUACCAGUGGGUAGGCAGUGAGGGCUGGAUUGUUGAUUCCCAAACUGCAGCCAUGGAUAAGCAUCACAUUCUGGAUGGUGCCAUAGGCCUGUCCAUCCCCAAAGCACAUGUCAGUGGCAUGAGAGAGUUCAUGUUGGAUGUGAAACCACUCAAAUUGUCUGGCUAUGAAUUGUUUACAGAGUUUUGGGAGACUUUAUUUAGCUGCAAGUUCAAGCAGUCAAAUUCAUCAGCAGAGAAUCAGAGAGAAUGUACUGGACAUGAAGACGUGAGUGGAGUGGAAAACAGCUUCACUGAUAUGUCGCUCAUGCCUCUCUUUUACAAUAUUUAUAAAGGAGUGUAUGCGGUGGCCCACGCACUUCACAACAUUCUCAGUUGUAAUAAAACAUGUAACAACAAGGUGCAGCUAGAUCCAUUAACGAUUUUACAGCACAUAAGAAAGAUUCAUUUCAAAACAAAGGAAGGAGAUGAGGUUUACUUUAAUGAGAAUGGAGACCCAGCAGCAAAGUAUGAAAUUAUAAACUGGCAGCCAACCAAAAGUGGCGUUGUGGAUUUUGUCACAGUUGGACUUCACGAUACAUCUUUACCUGCAGGCCAACAGCUGAUUCUGCAAAAUAAGUCCUUGAUAUGGGCACAGAACUCCCAACAGGUGCCUUUGUCAGUUUGCAGCGACAAAUGUUCCCCAGGAACUCGCAAGGUUCUGCAAAAAGGAAAGCCUGUCUGCUGCUAUGACUGUAUAAGAUGUGCAGAAGGAGAAAUAAGCAAUACUACAGAUUCUGUCACCUGUAUGAGAUGUGACCCUGAGUUCUGGUCAAAUGAGAGAAGAGAUGCCUGUGUAAAGAAGGAGGCAGAGUUUCUAUCAUAUGAAGAGAUUAUGGGAGCACUGCUCACUGCUGCCUCCCUAUUUGGAACUUGCACGACUGCAGUUGUGGCAUUCAUUUUCUUCAGAUACAGGGAGACUCCUAUUGUCAGGGCCAACAACUCUGAACUGAGCUUCCUGCUGCUCUUCUCCUUGACUCUGUGUUUCCUGUGUUCUCUGACCUUCAUCGGUCGGCCCUCUGAGUGGUCCUGCAUGCUGCGACACACUGCAUUUGGGAUCACCUUUGUCCUCUGUAUGUCUUGUGUUCUGGGGAAAACAAUCGUCGUGUUGAUGGCCUUCAGGGCCACACUUCCAGGUAGUAAUGUGAUGAAAUGGUUUGGGCCUGCACAGCAGAGACUCAGUGUUCUGGGUUUCACUCUUAUACAAGUUGUCAUAUGUGUCUUCUGGUUAACAAUUUCUCCUCCUUUUCCAUUUAAGAAUUUUAAGAAUUUCAAGGACAAAAUCAUCUUAGAGUGCGCUCUGGGCUCAGCUGUAGGCUUUUGGGCUGUACUUGGGUACAUCGGACUUCUGGCCAUGUUGUGUUUUACUCUUGCUUUUCUGGCUCGUAAACUGCCUGAUAAUUUCAAUGAAGCCAAAUUUAUCACCUUUAGCAUGCUGAUAUUCUGUGCAGUAUGGAUCACUUUUAUCCCAGCGUAUGUCAGUUCCCCGGGGAAGUUCAGUGUUGCUGUGGAGAUAUUUGCUAUUCUGGCUUCAAGUUUUGGACUGCUGAUUUGUAUUUUUUUUCCAAAAUGUUAUAUUAUCUUACUAAAACCAGAGAAGAAUACGAAAAAGAAUAUGAUGGGAAAGGGGCAAUCAACAUCAACAUUUUGAAAACAUAAAAUCAUAUGGUGGCAAAAGCACUCUAGUGCCAUCAUAAAAAAACUGUCAUGUAGACAUCUAUCUUUAUUUCUGUAAAGACUUUAACUGUACAACUAUAGUAUUUGUUCAGUAUAUAUAUAAUAUAAUUUGUGACAUAGUCUGUUGACAUGACAUUACACAAUAGUGUAUAAUACAAAGUAAUUUACAAUCAACAUCCAUUUCUCUCUUUGUCUCUCUAUUAUGUAUUUCCUUUUUGUAGGAUGACAACUGAUUAGGCUGAGUGGCCCAGAGCUGAACAGAGAUAAACCAUUGUUAAAGCUGCUCCUUAUGGUUCUCCUCAGAGGGCCGGCAAACUCAGGGUACCAGUUGUAACGUUCAGUACAACCAGCUGAUCAGAUCCAAGAUGGUGACCUUUUUUAUUAAAUUUUGCAUGCGGAAGGAUUAUUAUGUUAUGAUUAUGUUACAGUUAGGGUUUAAUCCAUUACCCUGGAUUAGACCCUAACUGUAAAGUGAUGCAAACCCAGACAUCACUGUGAAGGCAA